AUGAGUGAUUUUUCCUCCAAUUUUUCGGGGACUUUAACUUCUUUAGAGACGGAUCUGGACCUCUGCUAAACUUGUGGAGUUUGACGUGAAAGACGAAGAUCAAACUGAGGGGUGAAAUGGGAUUAAUUCAGACUUUUCCUCUUGAUUGAACUCCUCAUCAUCUUCAUCAUCACUCACAUUCAGGUAAAAUCAAACAGCAGAUAGAGGUUCAUGUUAAAGAAAGUAGAAAAUCUCCAUCUUAUUUAAGUUCAGAGUUAAAACAGUCUAAGUGAGGAGAAAAGCUAAAUUUAGCUGCUUUAAUCUGGAGAAGGAUUUAAGUUAACACAGAGAAACAUGCUGAGCUAAUAGGACUAAACACAAACAGAAGCUCUGUCACUGUCACUUUGUUUCAGUCUGAUGUGUUUUUUAAAAUCCAGCAGGAGUGGUUUCUACUCUUUCGAGUCUCUGAGACCUGGUUUUUAAGAGAGACAAUGAAACGCAAUGAAAGCUGGGACAGAAUAAUGCAGCAUAUUUAAAGGUCUGAUUGGUAAAUACCUGAUCAAACUAAAACCAAUAUGCCUUUCUUUUGUCACUUUAGAGCUACAAAAUAAAACAAAGAGGAAAGAUUAACCCGAGGGAUAUCUGUCGCUGAAAGAUUACUCAUUAUAACGUUAUUUCACCCUCCUCAGCGUCUCCAAGGAUCAGCAACACGCAACAAACCUGCGCAUGCAAAAACAUUUUCAUGGAGGAUGUUUGUUUUCUGAAGUGUUUCGCAUUUUAACUGUCUCUUUUUCUGCAGACUGAUGGAGAACCAGGAUCAAACACCUUCUGUGGGGACGGGUCUGUGGUCCAGGUGAGCCUGGUUGGAUCCAAACAUCUCUAUUUCCUUUAAAUAUCACAGAGUAAGGAUCAAAUUUAACUUGCCUCCACUUAUUUCCUCCACUGUGUGAGUUUUCUGUGUUUCUUUUCUCAGACUGUCCAACAUGAUGCAGUUUGGGAGGAGCAGCGUCGGUCCUGCGGGGUCUGAUCCAAACGACCAGACCGUGAAGAGCAGGAGCGGGUAAGCUGAAAACCUGCACAGAGCACAGAAACAAAUAAUACACAAAAUCAUGUUAUUUGAGUCAGAAAUAUUUCAUAAAACACAAAAACACUUUAUGAAAUGCAGAAACAUUUUUUAAAGAGUAAAAACAUUCAUCAAAACGCAAAAACUUGAAUUAGAAAAUGUUUCAACUGAAGUGAUUCACACAAGAAAACAGCAGUUUUGCAUUUUUUUUAGAUCAUUUAUUAUUAUUAUUAUUAUUAUUAUUAUUAUUAUUAUUAUUAUUUAUUUUGUUUAUUUAGGAAACUGUGAAAUGUUUGAUGAGAUAUGUUAAGCUGAUGAGCGCUUUUUCUCCAUACAUAACCCACGCUCUGGUAAUUUUAUACCCAAAUAAGCAAAACAAGAAUAUUUCUGCAAAGUGACUUUGUUAGCUUUGCCAUUUUACUCAAGCAGUGGUUGAGUUAGUGAGCUCUCUGGGUGUUUUAAACAGCAGAUUAGUUUGAUAACUAAUGAGGUAUGUGACAGAUUUGCAGAAUUGCCGUGUGACAUUGAUUGGAUCAGAAAAAUAAAUGAUCAGUGAUAGAUGAAAAACUCUAUGCAACACUUCACCCCUUCACUGAACAUUUGAGCAUCAUAGGAGUAGACAUUUACCUGAGCUACGGCCCCACCCAGUGGCUGAUGACAGCACUACAGAAGAGCGGCAUAUAACUGGCAUACUGGUCUAUAAUAAUGAAAAUAUGAGCUAUUUGGCCCAGUAGUUCUAACACUGACUAGAAAAGAUUUGGUCUUUAUAGCUGGAUGAUUAUCAAAGUAGCUUCACUUAAAGGACAAAUGCACAGAUUUAAGCCAUGCAAAUGAAAACUGAUUCAUUUUUUGCAGCAGAAAUGGAAAAAUCUGAUGAACUGCCUUUGAGCAGGUAUCUUUGUGAAUAAAAUGUAUGUAUCUAUACCGAUAUUUGUAAUUUAUACUAAUAGAUUUUUUUCUUUUUUAAAAUCUCUAAUAUGCAAGGAAGGGUUAGGACUAGAUUUUUUGCUUCAUUCUGUUCCUUCUCAAACUUUAUUUUUGACAUGCGUAUGUUGUGUUAAUUUAUCUUUAACAUGUACAGUUGUUUGGUGUAUAUAUGUAUUAUUUUGUUCGGUGAUUUUAGUUGUUUUUUGUUGUUUUGAGAUAAAUAAAGAAGAAAGAAAGUAAAAGAAAGUAUGAGCAUUAUUAUAGAGAGAAGUGUGAAAAUUACUCCAACAGUAUGAUGGAAUAACAAAUAUGGAUACAACAGAUAACAAGAAAUCAGUCUUCAUAGUAAGCAGAUAUACAAUUACAAAAACAUAGAAACUUAGAAAUGAGAGACUCCUGAGGCGCAGGUGGAUUUAAAAAUAUUUUUAUGGUUUAUCUUAUUUAUUCUCAAUCUUUCAUUGCUUAUAUUUUAUCCUAAAUGAUUAAACUCAAGUCUUCUCUCCUCUUUCAGAGAUGUCCGCUGGUCCCAGGCUGCACAAAACAUGAACAACAGCAACAACAAUGACGGGUAAGACUUCUGAAACUUGAUCACAUUAAAUGAGUGAAAUCAAGAACUUUAGAUAAAGGUGAUAGAGAGUUCACUGUCUAAUUCUUUUCCUGUAACUUUAUCAGGAUCAGGGUCACUAAGUUUGCAAACACAGGGAACUCUGACAAUACAGGAACCAAGUAAACGGCAGUAAAUCUAUAAGUUUAUCAAUGAAAACAUUAAAGAGCGUUUUGAAAUUUGUUUACUUAACAUCUGAGUUGCUUUUUAAGGAUGUAUUGUUAAAUAUUUUGAGCUGUUUUUUUUCUGCCUGUAGUAACUGCAUGGCAGUAAUAUUUAAUAUCCAGAGUCAGCCUGUUUGUCUUUGAUUUACAGAAAGAAGGAUGAGAAAAAAGAUGAGAAGAAAGACGAGAAGAAGGAUGAGAAGAAGGAUGAGAAGAAGGAUGAGAAGAAAGAUGAGAAAAAGGAUGAAAAGAAAGAUGAGAAGAAGGAUGAGAAAAAGGACGAAAAGAAAGAUGAUAAAAAAGACGACAAAAAGAAGGAAGAACCCCCGUGAGUAUCUUGGUUUACCAAAACUGCACCACAAGGAACUAUCUAAAAUCGUUAAUUUAUCGAGCAUCAUAAUUUCAUACUGUCAUAAAAAAAAUAACUUGUUUUGUAGACAAGUGUCAUAUAAGAGUUUAGGAGACUCUUUAAUUUAUCAAACCUGCCACAGCAACAGGUUCAGGUGACUUUAUUUGCACUUGUAGGACUAAAGCCAGAGUCCUGCUAAGAUGAUCAAGUUUUUCUUGGUUGCAGAGUAAAAUGAGCUCUACAUAUGAAGGCAUUUACAUAACAUGGCUUAAAAUGAAGUGACGAUGUAUUGAUGGCCUUUAUAUUUUAAUAACUGUCAAAAUAGGAUAAGAUGAGAUUCAGUGAAAUGCAAUGUUAACUCUAGAUAACAAAAUCUUUCACAGUUGCCAAAACUGUAUUACACCAAGUGCUGUAAAAUACUAAAAGUACAUAAAAGCAUAAAUGGUAAAGGCAGUAAACAAACAUCUGCUUCAAUGUUUAACACAAUGCAAGCUGUCCAUAAUCAAUAUUUGUAUUAAUUGUAUUUGUACACUGUAGUUAAGUAUUAGUUAGUUAGUAGUAGUUAGUUCUUGUAUUGUAUUAAGCUGCUGCAGCAACCUUUACUAAUGUGGCGGAAAAGAAAAGCACAACUGCAUUUUUGAAUGUAAUAUUUUACUUACCAAUAUUCUCAGACUGUUCAGUUGAUGAACCAAAAGCGAUCAGCACCAAAGACCUUUGUUUGAUUAUCCACCUGUGAGCUAAACAAACAGGUGCAGCUAACGAGGCUGAUAACGAGGCAGCUGCACCUGUAUGUUUAGCUCAUCACAAAAGCUGACAGAUCAAGAACAAAAUUAAAGAUGUCACUCAUCAUACUUGAUAUCUUACCAUCACAGGGUGUGAUAGUUUUUCACAAACAGGACCUGUAUAGAACAAACUGGAACUUCUGAAAAUUGCAUAUGUCGUCACAUGAACUAGAGAUCCCUUGAUGUCAGUGAAUAAUCAAAAUUUCUUCAGGGAGUUUUUUUUUUUUUUUUUUUUUGCUGGGUAAAGACAUACAAUAGUUCUCAUCUUCUCUUUCAGAAAGGAGGUGUGGAUCCUGGACCCAGCCACAGACGAGUACUAUUACUGGCUGUGCACCAUUUCCAUCCCAGUGUUCUACAAUAUGAUGCUCCUGGUUGCCAGGUUUGUUUUUUUUAUUUUUCACCAUCUAUUAUUUCCUUGCUCUCCUAUUGUUGUCUCGAAGGUCUUAAUUGUGUUUCUUUUCCCAUGUAGGUCCUGUUUUAAUGAGCUGCAGUACAAAAACACAGUCACCUGGAUAGUUCUGGACUACAUAUCAGACUUCCUGUACUGUGUUGACACCUUUGUGAGACUCAGGACAGGUAAGUGACAGGACAUUUGAUAAAGUUCAGAAAUGCCAGUUGUAGAUGUAGCCUUAGUAUUUGGUAAUGCUCUCAACCUCACUAUCCCACCCGCCUGUUUAACCACCAUGGGCUCCAGAGUCUUGAGACGCUCUGCUCCCUGACUUUGAAACUCCCGCCCACCAAGCAUCCCUGAAAUCAACUCUCACCAGAGUCUUAAAACCCAUCUUUUCAAACUAGCAUAUCCAGUCUUUUUUAGUCAUGAUGAUUAUUAUUAGCUGAUGAUACUCUUCUGUUUGAACAGGUUUUCUUGAGCAAGGACUGCUUGUGAAGGAUGAGAAAAUCCUGAAAGACAGGUACAUGAAGACUCUCCAGUUCAAAUUGGACAUCCUGUCAGUCGCUCCCACCGAUAUCAUCUUUGUUUUUAUUGGAAUCGACAACCCAGAGUGGAGGUUCAACCGUCUCUGCAGGUCUGCCCGGCUCUUUGAGUUCUUUGACCGGACUGAAACUCGAACCAACUUCCCAAACAUCUUCCGAAUUGGUAAUCUUGUCCUCUACAUCAUCAUCAUCAUCCACUGGAAUGGUUGUAUCUACUUUGCUGUCUCCAAGGUGCUGGGCUUUGGCUCCGACACCUGGGUGUACCCAAACAUGAGUAAUCCUGAAUACGCUCGCCUGGCCAGACAGUAUAUCUACUGCUUUUACUGGUCCACUCUCACCCUGACCACUAUUGGAGAAACACCGCCCCCUGUCAGAGAUAUUGAGUACUUCUUUGUCGUAGCUGACUUCCUCACUGGGGUUCUGAUCUUUGCUACCAUUGUGGGAAACGUUGGUGCCAUGAUUUCCAACAUGAGCGCUGCACGUGUGGAGUUUCAGGCGAAGAUUGAUUCCAUCAAGCAGUACAUGCAGUUUCGAAAGGUCACCAAAGAUCUUGAGGUGAGGGUGGUGAAAUGGUUUGACUACCUGUGGACAGAAGACAAGACCUGUGAUGAAAAGCAGGUCCUGAAGAAUCUUCCAGACAAACUGAAGGCAGAGAUAGCCAUCAACGUACAUCUGGAGACCCUGAGUAAAGUUAGGAUCUUCCAGGACUGUGAGGCAGGUUUACUGGUUGAGUUGGUCCUAAAGCUUCAGCCUCAAGUGUUUAGUCCUGGUGACUACAUCUGCAAGAAAGGGGACAUUGGAAAGGAAAUGUACAUCAUCAAAGAAGGAAAGCUUGCAGUAGUUGCAGAUGAUGGGGUGACACAGUUUGUAGUCCUCAGUGAUGGGGCAUACUUUGGAGAAAUCAGCAUCCUCGGUAUCAAGGGCAGCAAGGCGGGAAACAGAAGAACCGCGAACAUCCGAAGCGUUGGCUACUCUGAUCUAUUCGCCCUGUCCAAAGAUGAUCUCAUGGAGGCUCUCGUUGAGUAUCCAGAAGCCAAAACUCUCCUGGAGGAAAAGGGAAGGGCCAUCCUGAUGAAAGAUAAUCUCAUUGAUAUGUCACUUGCAACUCUUACAGAUGCCAAAGACUUGGAGGAUAAAGUCAACAAGAUUGAAGCAAGUUUGGAGAUCAUGACGUCCAAAUUUAAAAAGAUGACAGCACACUAUGAUUCUCACCAACGUAAAAUCAAGCAGCGCCUCAAGAACAUGUCCAACCAGGUCCGAACCCUCACAUAUGAGGAUUUUUAGAGCUUGACUUAGCAUGUCUACAGCCAGGCUUUGGGACUAUUCUUCCCCUCUUUGCUCUGUGCAUGCUGAACAGUGUACAACUUAAUGGACAAUGGCAUCACAGACUUGUGUGCAGUUUUUCUCACAGUGAUAGACUAAGGACUUUGCUUGUCCUUUAACCUGUUUCUGAUUUGCACCAAUAUUUAUUGUAUUUUGUACUGACAUCAGAUCUGUAUGGAAGUACUUUGUGAAGAUCAUCUAAAUGUAUGUGAAAACUGUCAAACAGAGAAAUAGGACAGAUUUCUAGAGAUGAUCCAGCUUGUUUGAUUAUCCUUUGAGCAGAUCUCUGUUGAUUUUGUCCUGACUUUAGAGCUGUGUUGAAUAAAAACUGAGACAUGCAGCUCACAACAAAAUAAAAUGUUUGCACUCAGUAGUACAGUAGUAGAGAAACAUAUUUAAGUGAGGGAACUAGUUUGGGGUCAGAAUCUGCGCCAUCAUAUCUGCACCUUCACUAAGUCCUUCGAAUGACGCUCAAGUCUUGCAGUGA